AUGAAGCAGGGUCCUGGUAGUUUCACAGGAGAGGACAGCGCAGAGUUUCACAUCCACGAGGGUCCUGCUGCCAUUAGUGGAUUCUUACAAGCACUUGGUGAGUUUACCCAACGGGCGUUCUAUGCUGGAAAAUUGGACCUUACUGAAGUAGAGGGUCUAGGUCCUGGUAGUUUCACAGGAGAGGACAGCGCAGAGUUUCACAUCCACGAGGGUCCUGCUGCCAUUAGUGGAUUCUUACAAGCACUUGGGAGUUUGCCAGGUCUGCGGACUGCAGAAGCAGGUGAGUUUACCCAACGGGCGUUCUAUGCUGGAAAAUUGGACCUUACUGAAGUAGAGGGUCUAGGUGACCUGAUCAGAGCAGAGACAGAAGCACAGAGGCGACAGGCUCUCCGACAAAUGGCAGGAGACCUGGGCCGCAUUUAUCAAGCCUGGAGUGUUCGGCUUAAACGAUGCUUGCUAAUGUGCCAUGUUUACAUUUUUUUUUCUGAGCAAAAACUAAUGAAAGAUGGCAUUGUGACAGAUGUGGACGCAGCUUUUCGGCAGCUGCAGACUGAUGUGGAAAAUCACCUUUCAGAUCAGCGGAGAGGAGAGCGUCUGCACAGCGGCGUUCAGGUGGGCAUCGCCGGAAGCACCAACGUGGGCAAGAGCAGCCUGCUUAACAUGCUCAAUAAGAUCAAUCUUUCUGGUCCUCAAAUUGGAUUGGUUGAAUGGCUUUCCAAGACUGGUAUGCGAGUUGGUACAGUGGUGACAAUGGACGCAGCUUUUCGGCAGCUGCAGACUGAUGUGGAAAAUCACCUUUCAGAUCAGCGGAGAGGAGAGCGUCUGCACAGCGGCGUUCAGGUGGGCAUCGCCCGGAAGCACCAACUGGACGCAGCUUUUCGGCAGCUGCAGACUGAUGUGGAAAAUCACCUUUCAGAUCAGCGGAGAGGAGAGCGUCUGCACAGCGGCGUUCAGGUGGGCAUCGCCCGGAAGCACCAACGUGGGGUGGAGCAGGUAGAUCUGCCUCUUGUGGUCGUCGACUUGACACAGCUUCCUUCAGAGCCCCAGCUAGUGCCUGUCUUCCUCAGUGGACACUUGAAGAGUAUCCUUGAGCACUCAUCUCACAGGAGGGAGUGCAUCCGGAUCCUCAACAAAAGUGACCGCAUCUCCGCCGAGCACAAGCGCAGCAUCCAGGCGGCCCUCGAGGAGGCUGGUGAUGUUCCUCCUGCUUGCAUUUUGUUAUGUCACACCAGAGAUGGCCUGGAGGAUCUCCUGUCUAUAAUACAGAACAGACUAAAGACUCUAUGUGGCGAACCACUGAUCAGCAGCCCGAGUCUGACACAGAGCCGGCACUGGACUCACCUGCAGAAGAGCGUGGAGGCUUUACAGCAGUACUAGCAGUACAGGGAUGUGAAUCUGGUGCUGACGGCAGAAGGGCUUCAUUUGGGCCUCACCAGCCUGGGCAGGAUCACUGGUAGAGUUGGUGCUGAGGAAAUUUUAGACGUCAAUUUCAAAGACUUUUGUAUUGGGAAAUAG